GAAGAAUCUACUCGUACAAACAGACAAGGCCUGAAACUUUCUCCAUACGCACCCCGGUAUCACGCGUUUCUGCAUUCUCCUCUCUCUCUCUCUUCUUUUCUACUCCGGGUUCUACCGUGCUCGGUUUCAGUCAGGCCUUGCUCAACCCACUGCAUACCACACAGUGAGCUAGCUAUCGGUAUCUAACGGGACGUACUAUAUAGUAUGCCGCACUCAGAUGAGGCCACAGCCUUCUUUGUAGCUGUCUAUGAGGCCGUCCAGGAAAUACCCUAUGGAAAGGUCACUUCGUACGGCCACAUCGCCCACUUAAUAGGAAAGCGUAAGUUAGAACAAGUCGGUCAAGCCUUAAAACACCUCCCAGCGGAUCCAGCGAACACGUUUCACCAUGGAAACGUCCCAUGGCAGAGGGUUAUUGCAGCUAGUGGGGUAAUUCCUAGACGAGAUAACCCUUCCGGCGCAGCACGUCACGCCCAAGCCCUCCGCGGCGAGGGAGUGGUCGUGACGACAACAGGGGGAGGGCUUCACGUGGACUUGAGUGGUGAGCAUGGCUGGUUUCCAAAUGUGCUCCCAUCUAAGGGUGGUGGUGGGGAUUGGGUAAACGAGGAAACAAUGUUUCCAGUCCUAUUUUAG